AUGGCCAGGGUACCUGAGGACGAAAGGCUUCGCAUAGUCGAGCUCUACACUAAAGAAUACAGCCAGCGCGCCGUCGCUGCCAUGGUGAAGAGGCCACUUAAGACCGUGAAUAGAAUUAUCCAGGCCUUCAGAGAUGAAAAUAGGAUCAAGGACGCCCCUCGGAAACCAAGGCCACGAGUGACAACUCAGGAAGACGAUAUGAAUAUCGUUGCAUAUGUUGCUGACAACCCUCGAGCUUCACACGACCGCUCGCCGGUGCACACCGCCAAAAAGGUCGAUCGCCUACUACAGCAGCGCGGAGUGACUGUGCUCAUGUGGCCCCCACAGUCCCCUGAUUUGAAUAUAAUAGAAAAUGUGUGGGGAAGGAUGAAGACGUCUCUUUCCCGUCUAGGUCUUCAUGGAAAAUCUGCGGAUGACCUCUGGGCUGCGGUUAACGAAGAGUGGGAGCGGCUCAAGUGCGACUCAUCCUUCACAGAAGCACUGUACAGGUCUCUGCCUGAAAGGAUGAAGGCCGUAGUCGACGCUGAAGCAGGGAUAGCGGGCCCGUACCGCGCCCUGGUGAGCACCUCCCGAGUGCACGUGCUCGUCAACGGCUCUCUGAGCGUGCGCAGUCUGGAGACGGGUGACGCGGGCCUCUACCUGUGCGAGGCCUCCAACGGCGUCGGCGCAGAGCUCUCCAAGGUGGUGCGCCUCACCGUACGCAGCAGCCCCCGGCUCUCACCCAAGGAGUCUACUACAUCGGCCAAGCGGGCAAGCACGGUGAACCUCCAGUGCGAACCGACUGGCGACACGCCUAUGCGCUUCUGGUGGCUUAAAGAUGGCGUCCCGAUCGCGGCCAUUGGGGAUCAGAGAUAUUCUCAGGUCGAGCACGUUGAGGCCAGCAGUACGAGGUCAACGCUGACCAUCACAGACACCCAAAAGUCGGACAAUGCCUUAUUCACCUGUCACGCAUCGAACGACUUUGGAGAAGACACGACCAACAUCAACCUGAUUGUUCAAGAUGUUCCCGGAAUACCUGACAGUCUACAAGUGACCGAAGCGUCCAGCAGGUUCGUGCGGCUUGGCUGGACUGAGCCUUUCAACGGGAACAUGCCCAUCACGCAGUACCUUCUGCGAUGGAUAAACAAGGAGGGCACGUGGGAGGACAGUGUGACGGUGUCUGGCACCGAGACCAAGGUGACCGUGCGGGGAUUGGAGCCUUCCUCGUCGUACCUGUUCACCGUGAGAGCGGAGAACGCCUUGGGGCCCGGUGCUUACACUUCUCCGCUGGAGGUCCACACCGACGACGAACCUCCUCGCAAUGCACCGAGCAACGUUCAUCUCACACCUAUCGACUCCAGAAGCAUAUCAGUAAAAUUUGAGCACCCGUCCUCUCCCAGCCCACCGGGCAGCAGCAAGAGCGGUGACGGACGAGUGGACGGCUACUACGUCGCCUACCGCCGACAGGGCACGUCGGAGCCCCUGCGCUACCACACGCUGCACCAGCGAGAGGGUGUGCUCUCCGGCUUGGACAAGGACACCCGCUACGAGGUGCUCGUGCAGGCCUACAACGCCAAGGGACCGGGACCCCCGUCGGGCACUCACGUAGUGCGCACCCUGGCUGCCGAUCCUCCUCCACCGCCAACGUACCGGGUGGUGGGCACUUCGGCUCGGACAAUUUCGCUGGCUUGGGAGAGGCCGGUCAUCCCAUUCGACGAUCCGCCUAUCAGAACCUACUACAUCUCGUGGCGACUGGAAGGCGACGAGCACUCGUGGCGGGAGCAGUCAGUGGGCGGCGACAGGACCAGCUUUGCGCUGUCCGGUCUCGCGUGCGGCACGAGGCACCAACUGCGCAUGCGCUCAUCCAGUGACGUGGGACGUGGACCAGAAGGGAAUGUCGUUACCGCCUCCACUGAAGGAAACCGCCCCGUGCUCCAACAGCGGAUCGCUUGGGUGGCGAGCAACUCCAGCGCCGCCUGGCUGCACCCCGAAGCGUGGUGGCACGGCGGAUGCCCCAUCAGCCACUUCACCGUCCACUACAGACGCAGCACCGAGACGGACUGGACCCUAGUGUCCAGCCACUUGCCCUACAGGCAUGACGAACCACUGGUCCUCUCGGACCUGCAGUCGGGGUCCUGGUACGUGCUGCUCAUGGUUGCCCACAACGACGCCGGCAGCACCACGGCUCAGGUCAACUUUGCCACGCUCACGCCUGAUGGAGACGUGCCUUCACACAAGCCUCACCUGCUGGACGCCAAGAUGGCGUCCUUCUACCGGCACCUAACUGUGACGUUGCCCAUUGGCAGCUCAGUGCUGGUGCUUUGUCGUUGUGUUGGCGGUGCUCUGGUGCGUGAUGCGGCGACACGCGGGACGACGCUACUGCUGCACAAGCACGCCACCAGGGGUAGCGUGUGCGGCGAGCGUUACAAGAGCGAGGGGCUGAGCUCUGUAGAACCGACAUACUGCGGCGGUGGCUCAUCCCGAGCAUCGUCCGCUUAUGCGGUGCCGCACAGAGUGUACGAUGUGCCUUACGCCCAGAAAAGACCAGUGGAACAGAUAGCCAUUCAGUCUAGGAAGUCACAGAGUUCUACGGGCCUGAGUCGAGAUGGGUCUCAACUCUUCUACGUCUCGAGCAAAUCUAAAGUGUUCGACGAGGACGAAAUGCACAGGUUAUGA